AUGGAUGAAUAUACCCCGGAGGCCAUCGUCAACCGCGACGAACCUGUUCCUGUAGUCUCCGUGGGGAAACAAAGGGAUGAAUCAGACCCUAAGCCUUCCGCUGCUGGGCAUCAGCGAUCCGCCUCGGCUGCUGGCCGGUCUUUACAAGAUAAAUUAUUCGCCAAGCUCUUACAACAAGUCAUCCCGACAGAAGAUGUUAAUGACGAUUCGGUGGCCGUGGGCGACAAGCGGCCUGUUGACCCCAAACGGCCGGCCUUCAGUCUGCCUCUGAUGGCCAAUAACUUCCGCAGGUUCAAUGCAAGAAUCGGAAUUGUAUUUUCAUUCCAAACCCGCGUUGAGCGUCUGCUCACCUGGAGAAAAUCCUCUCAUACAAUCUCGUUCCUCUUCAUCUAUUCUUUUAUCUGUUUAGAUCCUCAUCUUCUCGUAAUCAUUCCCAUCGCGUCUGUCUUACUAUUCGUGAUGGUCCCCGCCUUUCUGGCGCGUCAUCCUCCACCUCCAUCAACGUCAACAUCCAGCAUCACUCCUUAUUAUUCAUAUCAGGGCCCCGCACUUGCCCCUGCUAAGACAAUUAAACCAGCCCCAGAGACUUCUAAGGAUUUCUUUCGGAAUAUGCGGGACCUGCAGAACGUUAUGGCCGAUUUCUCUGACAUACACGAUGCGACCGUUUCCGCGUUCGCACCGAUGACGAACUUCUCCAACGAGAAGCUAUCAUCCGUUUUCUUUCUGCUCUGUACGAUGAUUACAGCUUUGCUGUUUCUGACUGCGCACCUCCUUCCCUGGAGAUAUAUUCUCCUCGUAGGUGGCAAUGCUGCCAUUUUGUCCAGCCACCCCAGCCUUCAAGAGCUCUUCCAAAAUAUUGCAGGUGACCUCACAAAUGAAACGGCUGGGCAGGCGCCGAAAGGAUAUAGUAUUGAGAAGAAUGAUACGAUGGACGUCCUGGGAUUAUCUCUACCAUCGUCUCCCUCCGCAACCAUGUCCUCGCUGCGGUCGUUGGCCGACAUCUCCUUGGACACAUAUCCUGAAGAACGUGAGGUAGAGAUUUUUGAAAUCCAAUACCGCUCUCUCGCCCCUUAUUCUAACUCUCAAUGGGACCACUUCCUGUUCAGCCCCAUGCCAUACGACCCACUCUCGCCAUUACGCAUUGCUGGAGACCGUCCUAAGGGGUGUCGAUUCUUCGAGGAUGUUCAACCACCCCCCGGUUGGGCUUGGAAAAGCAAGAAAUGGGAGCUUGACCUGGAUUGCCGUGAGUGGGUUGUUGAGCGAAUGAUUACUGGGGUCGGCUUUGAAGUUUCCGAGGGUGUGUCCGAGGAAAGCGCGGCUAAUGAUGAAAUCGGAGGCUGGGUCUGGGACCUUCCUUCUUCCACAUCCAAUCGGGAUAACAGUGGUGUGACCAAUGCAUUAGGCUAUGAGGAUUUUGACUCCGACCUGAAAUCGUCCGUCAAAGGGGAAAUUAAAAAGGUUAAACGGAAGGGAAAGGGAAGGGCAUCACAGGAUUUCGAGGAGAAGGGGGGCACCGGAUUGUCAGUGAUGGGGGAAUGGAGGAGGCGGCGGUGGGCACGCAUAGUACAUCGGACCAGUAUGCCAAGUGACAGCGACAAAGGACAAACGGCCGGUGAAGGUCGGGAUUGA